CGCGGCGAUUCCAAUUCCGCCACUUCCAGCAGAGCAGUACGCGGCCGGACUCUUUCGCGGCGCGACCACGUGAUUCAGCGUCUCCCCUUCGACGUCGUUUAUUACGUCAUGACGUCCCGACGCCAACGAAAAUUUUACAACUCGCCGAUACGCGACCCUUUUUAGCGCGUCAAAAAGUUUUAACAACAAUUUAAAAAAAAAUUCCGUAUUUAAUCAAUAAAUAAUUAAUUAAGUUGUUACUGUGUCUAUUAUAAUAAGUAGGUUGUACUCUUGUAACUUGUAGAAUAAGUUUACUACCAACUUGAUUAGGAGUGUUAAGAAGGAGAAAUGUGCAUAAUGUUUUUUUUUUAAGUGAAUUAAGUGAAAAAGUAAAAAAUGGUAAUUGGCUUGGAAUAAUUGGUGACAAUGCAGAUUAUGAGGAUCAGGAUUUUGUUGUUUUUGGUGCUCUUACCAGAAGUUUUUGGACUCUAUAACGGACUGGAACAAACUUCCGGACAGGUAGCGAACGAACUGGAUAGACCAAUUCCGAUGGAGGAUGCUUUCGGGGUCUUAGGUCAAAAGAAAGGUCUUCCCUGUAAUAUAAGUCCUAGGGAUUCAAAUGAUGCCGUGGCCAUGGUGCUUUGGUUUAAGGAGAGCAUAGGAGAACCUCUGUAUAGGGGCGGACCUUUUUUGCAACACACCAAUUUGAGAAGAAGCAGCGAAGGGGUCUUCAGUUUUGACGUCCGUGGAAGAACAUUUAACGAUGCCAAACUGUGGUCGUCUCCAACCGUCUUCGGUAAUCGGGCAUUUUUCCAGUCACACGCGAGUCCGGCCAAACUUGUGAUAACCGACAUUGAAGAGUCUGACGAGGGCAUCUACCGGUGCCGCGUGGAUUUUAGGAAUUCACCCACUAGAAAUAGCAAAGUUAAUUUUACUGUGAUCAUACCGCCAGAAAAGAUAUUAAUCUACGACGAAAAACGCACGGGCCAUCACUCGUUAUAUCCAGAAAAAUCAGCACUUUUCGGCCCAUACAACGAAGGAACCGAUGUUAGCGUUAUAUGCGAAGUCAAAGGAGGUCGUCCGAGGCCCAGGGUCGUGUGGUUCCUGGAAAACACGAUAAUCGACGAUUCGUAUGACAACCGAUCGGACGGGGUGGUCGUCAAUCAUCUCAUUUUCCCGAACGUGGGUCGACAACAUUUUGAGGCCCGACUCAUUUGUCAAGCGACGAAUAAUAAUAUCGUGCCGCCGGUAACUAAGGCCAUUGUACUUAAUAUUAACCUGAAGCCCCAGACGGUGAACAUUCUCACAAAAGAGAAACACGUGUCGGCCGAGAAAAGAUACGAGGUGGAAUGUCGAACAUCUGGAUCCAAACCUGCUGCGGUCAUUACGUGGUGGAAGGGAAGCAGACCGGUUAAGAGAUUGGCAAAGAAUUUUUCGGAGCAAAACAACCAGACCCUGAGCAUUUUAAACUUCGUACCUGUUAUCGAUGACGAUGGAAAAUACUUGACAUGUCGUGCGGAAAAUCCCACCAUCCCGGACAGCGCCCUGGAAGAUAAAUGGCGACUCAGCGUGCACUAUAUUCCCGUUGUUACCCUUAAAAUGGGAUCUACCCUCAACCCGGAGGACAUCAAAGAGGGUGACGACGUUUAUUUCGAGUGUAACAUCAGAGCGAAUCCCAAGGCGCAUAAACUUUCUUGGUUUCAUAAUAAUGUAGAAAUCUACCAAAACGUUACUGGAGGCGUCAUACUGAGCGAUCAAAGUUUAGUACUACAAAACGUAGUCAGAUCCACUUCUGGAGAAUACACUUGCGUAGCCACUAAUCUCGAAGGGAAAGGAACCAGCAAUUCUGUUAAGCUCGUGGUUAAAUACGCACCGGUGUGCAUCCAGGAACGCGAAGAAGUGUACGGGGCACUGAAGCAGGAGACCGUGACGUUGCGAUGCAGGGUGGACGCGAAUCCCCCCGUCGACGCAUUCCACUGGACGUUUAAUAACAGCGGCGAUCAGACCGACGUCUCUACGGAGAAAUAUACUAACGAGGUAACAUCUUCUCGCCUAAACUACACGCCCAACACAGACCUCGACUAUGGAACGUUACUAUGCUACGGACAUAACGAGAUAGGGAAACAGAAAGAACCUUGUGUGUUCCAAGUGGUAAUUGCAGGACGUCCAUCGCAACUGCAAAACUGCACCAUUCUCAAUCAAACAACAAACUCAUUACAAGUGGAGUGCGUAGAAGGAUACGACGGAGGACUAACUCAAAGUUUCGAAAUGGAGAUUUUGGAGUUACCGGGAUUGAGAUCCAAAUACAAUUUAACAACUUAUAAGGCCCCGGUGUUCGUGGCGGAAGGUCUCGAUCCAGGAACAAGUUAUCGGAUCGUUUUGUAUGCCGCCAACAAAAAAGGACGAAGUGACGCGACGGUGAUUGAUCCGGUCACUUUCAAGGGAGUCGCCAAACUUCAAGGUUCAACAGCGAGUAUGCCAAUAAGUCCCUUGAUAAUGGGCCUUUUGGGUACGGCAGGUAUUUUAGCCACAGGAGUCUGUAUGGUGUUGGCCGCCCUUUGCAGGAAACACUACAGCAGACCUUGCCACAGAAGCGAUCCGAAUAGUACAAAACAUUUACCGAUGGAAGCGGUUAUAAACGCGGACGAUUUGAUAGUCGACGGAUCUAUUACUGGAGUACGGUCUUCGAGUAACUCUAUUGGACACACCAUAAGAGCGGAAGCGAUACGAAACGGAAAUACGAUCGAGGCCACCGAUCCGGAUAUUAUCCAGAAUCAAUACGAACGUAGCUUCAUGAAAAUAUACGAAUACGAACCGCCUGGUGGGCGUGACCACGAAGACGACCCCGAUGACGAAGGCGAAGGAUACGCCUUCAAACAUUCUGCCAAAGAACCCUACCAUGUCCCUAAUCAAACUAUGAUGUAUCGUAGUUUACAAAGGCCGUUGCCGAGGCCCGUUCCCGCCCCCACCAUGUUAUCGGGGUCCCAGACCCUGACCCACAAAUAUCGGGGUCCCGAAGUGGUCACCACCUCGAACAAGAUACAAGAAAGUUGCAUAUAAAUUGACAACGUUUCCCUUUUUUUGUGUCCUCUUCAUUGUUUUUAUCAUUGUAAUAUAUUUAUUGUAUUUAAGAAAAAAAAACAAACUAUUAAAGACUUUAUUAGGUGUAUUAAA